GUUAUGUGGGUUAGUGGCAGGUUAUGUAUUGUACAUAAAAGUUGAGAGCUUUUGCAUAACUAAUUAAAUAUGAAAGAAAGAAAUGAUAAACGUUACAAGAAAGGAAGCAAAAAUAAGAAAUUUCAAGUAUACAAACCUCGUAAAAAGAAAAGUGCAGAAGAAGACGCUGCCAUACAAUAUUUACAAGCUCAGUACGUAAAGAUUGUUUCAGAUGAUGUAAAAACAUUUAAAGAUUUUCCUUUAUCUCAAAAAACUUUAAAAGGAUUAAAAGAAAACAAUUAUAUAGUACCUACUGAAAUUCAAAAGCAAGCCAUUGGAUAUGCUUUACAAGGAAAAGAUAUACUUGGUGCAGCUAAGACUGGUUCUGGGAAAACAUUAGCCUUCUUAAUACCAAUUCUUGAAAAUUUGUUUUGCAAGAAAUGGACUCGACUUGAUGGUGUUGGGGCAUUAGUUAUUUCACCAACAAGAGAAUUAGCAUAUCAAAUCUAUGAAACAUUACGCAAGGUUGGCUUUCUCCAUGACUUUUCAGUUGGUUUGAUAAUUGGAGGGCAAAAUCUUAAAUUUGAAAGAAAACGAAUGGACCAAAUCAAUAUUCUGAUUAGUACACCUGGUCGUCUAUUACAACACAUGGAUGAGAACCCACUCUUCAGUUGUCACAAUCUUCAAAUCCUAGUUUUGGAUGAGGCUGAUAGAUGUUUGGACAUGGGUUUUGAAGCCACAAUGAAUGCAAUUAUUGAAAAUUUACCACCAGAGAGACAGACACUUCUUUUUUCAGCUACUCAAACAAAAUCAGUAAAAGAUCUUGCACGCUUGAGUCUGUCUUUUCCAACAUAUGUUGCUCCGCAUGAACAAGCUGAAACAGUAACUCCAGAAUUCCUUCAACAGAGUUACAUUAUCUGUGAGAUUCAUGAGAAAAUUGGAAUUUUAUGGUCUUUUAUUAAGAAUCACUUAAAACAAAAAGUUUUAGUUUUUAUGGCAACUUGUAAGCAAGUAAAGUAUACAUAUGAUUUAUUUUGUAAAUUAAGACCGGGAGUGAGCUUGUUAGCUUUAUAUGGUACAUUACACCAAGAAAAGAGAGAAAAAAUAUAUAAUGAGUUUUGUAGAAAAUCAAAUGUGGUUCUGUUUGCCACUGAUUUGGCAUCCAGAGGGUUAGAUUUUCCUAGAGUUAAUUGGGUAAUACAAAUGGACUGUCCAGAAGAUGUUGACACAUAUAUCCAUCGUGCUGGUAGAACAGCUAGGGGCGUUUUUGGGAAAGGAGAGGGUCUCUUAAUGUUGUUACCAAAUGAAGAAAAGAUUAUAGAGAAAUUAAGAAACAAAAAAAUACCUAUUAACAAAAUUGCAGUAGACCCCUCAAAAGUGAUUGCUCCACAAAAAAAAAUUGAGGUAUUAUUAUCUGAUCACAUGGAUUUAAAACAGACUGCACAAAGGGCGUUUGUAAAUUAUUUGAAGUCAGUGUUUUUGAUGAAAGAUAAGGAAAUAUUUGAUGUUAAACUUAUAGAUACAGAUGCAUAUGCUAGGUCACUUGGGUUGCUUGUCCCACCCACUGUAAAAUUUUUACAAAAAUAUCAGAAAAAAGAUACCAAUGUAAAAAAAGAAUCUGCAGAGAUAGAUGGUCACAAUGUGAUAGAGAAAUUGAUAGAAAAAUCUGAAACUGAAGAAUCUGACCAAAGCGCUUCAAAAGAAGAAGAUUAUGAGAAGCUAUUGCCUGAACCUAUAAAAACAGAACCACAAAAUAAUAUAGAAAUACCUAAAUUAGAUUACCAGAAUUUUGAAGUUAGUGACAAUGAUGAAUUAUUACAUACCAAGGAAGCUAAUGUAGAUGCACCACUCAAAGAUGAGCCACAAACAAAAAAGAAAAUAUCUAAAUCAUUAACCAAAGCAGCAGCAGUAAAAAUGAUCUUGAAGAAGAAAAUUAAAGUUAAUAGCACAGUGAAGUUUACUGAACUUGAUGAAGUAAUGGAGGAUGAACAAAAAGAUUUCAAAUCUGAUUUUGGCUUACACAUAGCAAAAACAAAAGAUAUUUUACAGAAAGAAGAUAAACGUGACAAACCAUGUUUCAAAGAGAAAGCCAAAGCUAUGCAAAAAGAAAAAAAACGAAAAUUGAAAACUAAAAAGAAAAGGGAUGUGGGUGAUAAGGAUGACUUUGGUUCACUAUCAGAAUCAGAUGGCCCUGAUCUGUCAUGGUUGCCAGACCCAGACAAAGUGUAUGGAUCUAAAGGAAGUGACAAUGAAUCAUUAUCAGGAGACAACAAUAGAGACUCCAUGCAGUCAGAUGAUCAGCAAUGUGAAGAAUCUGAAGAUGAGCAAGUUUAUCACAGACCAUCCAAAAGAAAACUAAUUGAAAGUAGAGGUAUUCCACAAGAGGGUUUGGUGCCUUGCAAAGUAAAGAAGAUAGAAGAUUUAUCAUCAAAACUGUCUGUCCAUGAAGCUGAAAUGAUUGCAAUAAGUCUAUUGAAAAAAAAACCAUAAAUGU